AUGGUGGUCAAGCUACAGAUGGGCGUCUGGGCUGGCAUCGCCGCUGGCAGCGUCAUGGUUAUGCUCGUCCUGCUACCUAUCCUCGGCUGCAUGUUCUCUCGGAACAAGAAGGCCAAGAAGGCCGCUGAGCUGGAAGAGUCAGCAGCAGAGAAGGGAGAGGUCACCUUCUCGGCACCAGCGCUUGCACAGACACGAGAACCAGCAAGACCAGUCAAUACGAUCCUGCAGAAGCCUGCUGUGCAUGUCAGCCAACAGAAGAUUCGCACACAACCGUCGACACAUAGCAUAGCCCCAAGCUAUCAGAGUCAGUCAUCGACAUUGGCGCCUGGAUCACCGCUUAGGAACUCGACACCAAGCCCACCGCUGCCGCCUCAUAUGCAGCCGAUGUGGACGAAGCCGUCGCUCUACAACAUUGCAACCAGCAACAACCACGUCUGCAUCAUCUCGCAGAUCGAGUCCAUCAAGGGUGUUGAGAACAUCCAGGAGAUUUCUGCUGUGCCUGGUGUGAGUGCGUUGAUGUUCGGACUCGGUGAUUACAUGAUUGAUGCCGGUCUGGGUCUGUCGAGUGCGCUGGGUGGCGUGCCGCAUCAGAUGUUUGCGAAGGCGGUGGGCAGGUUUGGAGCGACGGCGCAUGCGACCGAUCUGUCGAUCUCUGGGUGA